AGGCCAAAGAAAGGUGCAUCGAAGUCUACCAGGAGUAAAAGAAGCACUCGUGAAGCGAAGGCGAAAACUCCCAGCAAGUCUUCAAAAUCGAAAAGAUCGACGAGGUCAUCCAAAUCCUUCGAUUCCUCAGUGGCCAAAGCAAAAGGAAGUAAGCCAAGAACACCAAGCAGGUCCGGAACAUCAGCGAAGCCGGGUUACCAAGGGGAUGUGCAGAUGGCACUCCCUCCGGCAGUUCCAACUUAUACAAUGCCACCUCCUCCGGAUCCUGUACGUACAGCUAUACCUGCACCUCCGACUGUACCUGAACCUCCACCUGCACCUGAGCCACUUGUAAAACUUGACAGUGGUUCCAUUGUACUUCCGGCCAAGUCUCCUCCGAAACCCAAGGCUGAAGUGAAGAAGAAAGGCAGCAUAAGGCUCCCGUUCUUUGGAAAAGAGAAGACUACCAGCAAAACACUCCCACCGACGGUGGAAAAGAAAAAGAGUCCUGGCAAACUGCCAGGACCAAAAUCCAAAGCGUCGAAGACAAAAUCUACUUCAAAGAGCAGCGAAACGAAGAAAACCGCCCCGAAAAAAUGA